AAGAAUCUCUGAGGAAAUUUAAAUACAUGAUAUUUUCUCGGAGAGUCUCCUCUGGUCUAUACAAUUACUACACCCUUAAUGGAAGGAAAAUAUAAAGUGAAAAACGAGAAAAAAAGAAAAUUAAAUGAAAAUGAUUACAAUUUGUUUGUGUGUUUGUGCUGAUGAAAGAGAGUACAUAUUGUUGGUUGGGUGUUUUAUUUUUCAUAUAUUUUAUUUGUUGGGACGGUGUGUGGGGAGUUGAAGGAAUAUAGCAAAAAGAGCAAAUAAGAAGCAGCAGCAGAGUUAGGGAGUUGUGUAUUAAUAAGGAUACCAACAAGAAAAAAAGGGAGUUUUUCUUUUAUGGAGUUAAAAAUUUGUUAUUUAAAAAAACAAUUAAAAUAUUAAAUAAUUAUUGCUGUAUUUAUUAUAACAAAAACGAAACCCUUAAAAAACAAAUUCAUAAAAUUAAAUGAAUAAAAGUGUCGAUAACCCUCCUUUAAAUAUAGAACAGAGAAAAAAAAUAAAUAAAUAAAAAUCUUCAUUUAUAAAAUAAUAAAUAAAUACAUACAUAUAUCAAAAGGAAACUCCUUAAAACAAUUCAAAACCAAAAUACCCCUCCCACUUUUAAGUUUAAGACUAAAAAGAAAAAGUGUUUUGAUUAAAAAAUAAAACAACAGAAACGUUUUUUUAUACAACUAAUAACUCAAAGGUGAAAUAUUUAAAAACAACAAUUUCAACAAGCCAACUACAACAACAACAACUAACAACAAGAAAAACAUAAAAAAUGGGUUGCACUACAUCCGCUGAAGAACGCGCUGCCAUACAACGUUCCAAGCAGAUUGAGAAAAAUCUCAAGGAGGAUGGCAUACAAGCGGCAAAGGAUAUUAAAUUAUUGCUAUUGGGUGCUGGUGAAUCGGGCAAAAGUACAAUUGUUAAACAAAUGAAAAUUAUACACGAAAGUGGGUUCACUCCUGAAGAUUUCAAACAAUAUAGACCGGUUGUUUACAGCAACACAAUACAAUCAUUAGUUGCAAUACUUAGAGCAAUGCCAAAUCUUAGUAUUCAGUUUAGUAAUAACGAAAGAGAUAAUGAUUCCAAAAUGGUAUUCGAUGUGUGUUCACGUAUGCAUGACACUGAACCUUUUUCAGAGGAACUUUUAGCUGCCAUGAAACGAUUAUGGCAGGAUGCUGGUGUUCAAGAGUGCUUCUCACGUAGCAACGAAUAUCAACUAAAUGAUUCUGCUAAAUAGUAAGUAGUAAAAUUAAUGUAUUUUAAAUAUAUAUAGAGGUAUUUUAUGGAAAAUAGUUUUUAGGGUUUAUUUUAAGUAAAAAAAAUUCAGAAAAGUUUUUAUUUUUGGGGAAAUAUUUAUUGUUUUAAAGAUUUAUUUGUUUAUAUUUCUUAAAUAAAACUACUCUAAACUUAAAUACUAGAUUUAAAUAAAAUAUUUAUAUACAACUGCAUACGACAAAUUGCUGCAACGUGUCCAACGAUGGCAAUUUAUCAAUAUUUCAACUGUCCCUUAAAGUUAAUUUAAAAUUUAACGGUGACUCUGGUAUGUAGGUUGAAUUGACUUUAUAAACCAAUUCACCAUGAUUGUAUUCCACUCGAUAUUUACGAAAUAUCUGCAAUGA